AUGGAGUCAAGCAAGAACGUCGAUAUUCCAGUCUCCCCUACCGGCCGCAGACGUAGUUCCGGUACCCUCUUUCAGGGUCUUAUGGACCAGAAACGUCAUGACGGCAAUGCAGUCCGCAGACAAUCAAUGACCGACUCGAAGCCGGCGCCUGGAUUCAUAGGUCAGAUGUGGCACAAUUGGACUCGCGGCCCCGCCAGUCCCCCAAAAUAA